UUCCUCGCACCACCAAACCUCUAGCUCUAUCUCUCUCUCUCUCUCUCUCUCUGUUUCUCGAUCGGCAAACAUGCCUCCAAUCUUGCCGGACUUUUCCAACUCUGUGAAGCUCAAGUAUGUGAAGCUUGGGUACCAAUAUCUUGUGAACCACAUUCUCACGCUUACUCUAAUACCGAUCAUGGCUGGGAUCUUCGUAGAGGUUCUCAGGAUGGGGCCGGGCGAAAUAUUGAACCUCUGGAGGUCUCUGCAAGUGGACCUGGUGCAAAUUCUCUGCUCCUCUUUCCUCAUCAUCUUUAUCGCCACCGUUUAUUUCAUGUCGAAGCCGCGGACCAUCUUCCUCGUGGACUACGCCUGCUUCAAGCCGCCGGUCACUUGCCGCGUCCCCUUCGCAACCUUCAUGGAGCACUCGAGGCUGAUCCUGAAGAACAACCCCAAGAGCGUUGAGUUCCAGAUGAGAAUCCUCGAGCGGUCUGGUCUUGGGGAGGAGACAUGUUUGCCUCCGGCGAUCCAUUAUAUCCCGCCCAAGCCAACCAUGGAGGCCGCCAGAGGCGAGGCGGAGCUCGUUAUAUUCUCCGCCAUGGAUUCUUUGUUCAAGAAGACUGGGCUUAAGCCAAAAGACAUCGAUAUUUUCAUCGUGAAUUGCAGCCUUUUCUCUCCAACCCCUUCUUUAUCGGCCAUGGUGAUCAACAAGUACAAGCUGAGAAGCAACAUAAAGAGCUUUAAUCUCUCUGGAAUGGGUUGCAGUGCGGGACUUAUCUCCAUCGAUUUGGCGCGUGAUCUUCUCCAAAUUCAUCCUAAUUCAAAUGCUGUGAUUGUGAGCACGGAGAUCAUCACCCCAAACUAUUAUCAAGGAAACGAGAGAGCAAUGCUUCUUCCUAAUUGUCUCUUCCGGAUGGGCGGAGCUGCAAUACUUUUGUCAAACAGAAGGUCGGAGCGAAGGCGAGCCAAAUACCGGCUAGUACACGUGGUGCGCACCCACAAAGGAGCUGACGACAAAGCAUACCGCUGCGUUUACGAAGAAGAAGACAGAGAGGGUAAAGUAGGGAUUUCUCUGAAAAAAGAUCUAAUGGCCAUAGCAGGGGAGGCCUUGAAAUCAAACAUCACAACAAUUGGGCCUCUUGUUCUUCCUGCUUCAGAGCAACUCCUUUUCCUUCUCACCCUCAUUGGCCGAAAAGUCUUUAGUAACAAAUGGAAGCCUUAUAUCCCCGACUUCAAGCAAGCUUUCGAGCACUUCUGUAUCCACGCCGGCGGCCGUGCCGUUAUCGACGAGCUGCAGAAGAACCUCCAGCUCUCGGCGGAGCACGUGGAGGCUUCCCGGAUGACUCUGCACCGGUUCGGCAACACGUCGUCGUCUUCGCUGUGGUACGAGCUUGGGUAUAUUGAGGCAAAGGGGAGGAUGAAGAAGGGGGAUAGGGUUUGGCAGAUAGCUUUUGGGAGCGGUUUCAAGUGUAACAGUGCAGUGUGGAAAUGCAACCGAAGCAUAAAGACACCAAUCGAUGGGCCGUGGGCUGAUUGCAUUGAUCGAUACCCUGUUCAUAUUCCUGAGAUUGUGAAGCUCUAGGGCUAGCUAGCUAGGAUCUGCUGGUAUCCCGGCCGUCACUGCUCUCAUUUCUUGCCUUUAUUAGAUUGGGGUGCGUACAGGGUAAUACAUGAAACAAUUGUAGUUCAUCAUGUAAUUCGGGUUUGGAUACACAAGUUUUUACGUCUUCAAAUAAGUAAUUAAGCCGCAUAGGUUGAUCAU